UGCGCUCUCUCGCGGGCGCUCGCUCGCUCCUUUACUCGCUUGCCGCGAAUAGAUUCGAGAUUUCAGCCGCAGUCGCAGACGCUCGGUGCCCACGGUCAGAUCGGGGGGCCCAGCGCGAGAGAGACCCCCGAGUAAAACGCCGCGUCGAUCGCGCUCGAGAUCGAUCGAUCGGAUCGUCGGCGAGAUCGCCAAGGUGUCCUUCCGUACCUCGUCCGACCAGGAAACUUCCCCUUCAUAUGGGGUACGAAGCUGAGGACAAACGCGGUGGUUUCGUUAUCCGUUGAUUCGAUCGAUCGAUCGAUCCACGAUCUGGCGCGUCGUCGCGCGCAAAUUUUUGACAUCUGUCCCCCGUGAGAGAGAAAGAAGUAUCGAAAAUCAAGUCGAGUGAGGGAGAACGGAAACGCUCGAUGCCCGGUUCGUGUUAUCGAUCGACCGAGAGCCGACAGGUCGAGAGAUGGAUGCAGCCGCGAAAGAUCGCCGACGAGAUUUCAUCCCGGCAUAGAUCGAUCGGUGUACUAUCGUACGUGAUGAUAGAUUGUGUUUACGAUGAGUGUCAAAUCAACAGUGAUCAUAGGGAGAAGCCAUUCAUUCGACUUGCAGAUACGGCUAGCUGCUUGAAGAGCCAGUAAUGAUGAUCAUUGAUGCUUCAAACUAUACUGUAUGACACUUGACUGCUGCAAAGUUCCUGAUAAACAAAUUGAAGUAACGAAGAUGGGGAAAUCUUAAAGUGCUUAGGUAUCACUGACCUAGGCUACCCUCGUCCAGAGAUGUGGUCACGCACGCAGCUCUUCCUCUUGGCAUCAACGCUCGCGUUGCUGAUCGGCCACCACGUCACCAGGUCGCAGCGACCGCGACUCGGUGGUGCCGUAAAUGUCUUCACUCGUUACGGCUAUCUGAGUAUCAGCAUGCGAGUGGUACCGCGUAAUGACACUGAAACUUGGAUAUUCCGCGAGCCUACCCUCGACGUCUUCAAGAAUGCCACACCAUUGACGUCCAAGCAGCGUCAGGCACAGGCAAAAAUAAACGCCGCCGUCUUCGAUGGCGACUUCCACAUGGAAUUCUGCGACAAUAUCAGGCAGCUUCUACAAGCGUACUUCCGUGACUUCACUUUCGAAAGACUGGAGAGGCCGUGGCGUGCCUUCACUGGAAGCUGGUCGAAGGCGGCAAUAGCCAGGCACCUCGGCAUAAACUCGUCCUUCAUCACGGGCGAUCAUUGUUACGUUCUAGUGCGCGUCGCUAGAUUCCGCGAUAAUCAACGACUCUCUGGCACCGCCGAGACCCUCAUCCUCGAUGAUUCCGUGUUGCGGCAGACGGAGAACGUCACGGUCGGUGACACCGCGAGCGUUGUGCGAUUCAUCAGGAACUUCGGUUCGCACUACAUCGCUUCUUACAUCACAGGAAACUCGCUCUAUCAGGUCUUCGUGUACACUCCUCAGGUAUAUUCGCGAAUAAAAGAACGGUUGAAAACGCGAGGAGUUGCAGAACUGUCAGCGCCCGAGCUAAGUAACUACUUCUCGCCUUGGUACGCUGAACACAUGGGCUCCAUACAAUCGGCGAGUGGCAAUCGUAGCGUAGAGGCAUGGGCCGUGCAACGUCUUCGAGUGCAAUAUUAUAUCUUCACUUACGCCAGCCUGCUGAAAUUGCACGGCGAUACGGCGUUGCUUAAGCAACUGAACAGCCUGUUGGACGACGAGGCGCUGCUGCAAUUGCAAUUGCGGACAUUGGCACCCGCUUUCAAGGAUCCAAAAAGACGUGAAUGGUUUAUGGAAGUGAUCGAUAACUAUUUCAAACUCUGGGAAGUGAAUAUGUGAUAAUGUAACGCGCCGGAUGCGGACAAACUCAAAACAUUUAGAAUACGUGUCGCGUGUCAAAUGACAUUAGCGUGAAAAUAUUAAGUAACAUUAUUAAUUUCAGCAUGUAAAGAUCCACGUAUCUUUGGAUCAGCUGAACAGAUCACAACGAUCUAGCGGCCAUCACCAUUCAUCAACGAAAACUCUAGGUUUUUGUUGGAUGGAGAUAUAUCCUUUUGCCACAUAUACAUAUAUAAUGAUAUAAACCUGCGAUAUAAAUGCUGUUAUUGUUAUAAAUAAGUAUUUAUUAUUGUAAUCAUAUUAGAAAACGUCUUUUAUGUGUAUUUUUAAUAUAUCGCAAAUAUUAUUCGCACGCCUACGCGCGUACAAUUUGACUGAAAAAUGUCGUAAGUUUCUUUACUCAAAAUUAAUCUAUUGAUAUAAAAGAAUAAAAAAGAUCAUAUAUUUUAGACAUAAAGAUUUGUGUGCAUUUUACAUGUAUUUGAUUAACUUGAUACCAUUGUAUGUACAAUGAAAUCAAAUUAAUGAAAUUUUCGCUUGAGAUAUAUUCGUAUUUUAUAAUGA